AUCUCAUCUCGCACCUCGUUCACAUCGCGUCUCUCUCCAUCUCCUUUGCAAUGGCUACACUCUACCCCUCAAUCCAAUCACUUCAGAAAUUUCCCUAUCCGGGAGACGGCGUUGUCUCGAGCACUCUUACCGACCAGCACGACACGGAGGGCUUGAUUGCCGAUGUCCUCGACGAGCAGCCUCCCGCUCAUGUUCCCCGCCUCGGACUUCAAAAUGCGACCACCACCCUCGACUCCGUCAACCACCUUAAGUUUAUCCAAGGUGCUAUGAUGUCGCUUCCCUCCGGCUUCGUUGGCCUCGAUGCCAGCAGGCCAUGGCUCGUCUUUUGGACUGUCCACAGCCUCGACCUACUUGGCGUCCUCCUCCCCCAGAACAUCAGGGACCGUGCUGUCAGCACAAUCCUGCACUUUCUUCACCCCACGGGUGGGUUCUGUGGCGGCGCCGCCAACACUCAUAUGCCCCAUCUCUUGCCCACGUACGCCUCGGUUGUAUCCCUUGCCAUUGUAGGCAACGCCGGCAAAGGUGGUGGAUGGGAGCGCCUCGUCGACGCGCGUCAAGACAUUUAUAAUUUCUUUAUGCGCUGCAAGCGCCCGGACGGGGGCUUCGUGGUGGGCGACAACUGCGAAGUGGAUGUGCGCGGCACAUACUGCCUCCUCGUGGUAGCGACGCUUCUCGACAUUAUUACCCCGGAGCUACUCCACAAUGUCGACAAGGCCAUCGCUGCUGGGCAGACAUUUGAGGGUGGAUUCGCUUGCAGCUCUUUUACCUUCAAGGACGGCAAUCGCGUCGCUAUGAGCGAAGCGCACGGCGGAUACACGUCGUGCUCGGUCUUCUCUCACUUCCUCCUGUCAUCGGUGCAGCCGCCUAGACGUCUUGAGUCGCUUCCCGAGUCAUUCCCUGUCCCAAUCGAUGUGGACUCUGUCGUGCGCUGGAGCGCGAUGAUGCAGGGCGAGGCGGCGGAUGGAGGUGGAUUCCGUGGCCGCUCGAACAAGCUGGUUGAUGGGUGCUACUCUUGGUGGGUCGGCGGCACAUUCCCAGUACUGGAGGAGCUGCGCCGCCGCGAGGCCGAGGUCAAGACCUCCCCAAACGGACCUACUGCCACCAAGAUCGUCGCCGUCGAUGACGACGGCGAGGACGAAUGGGCCGACGAGGCGUCGAUGCACGCGCUCUUCAACCGCGGUAUGUGUGAUAGUGAGGUGCGGCUGAUGGCAGUUGCGCUGCAGGAGUACACUCUCCUUGUGGCUCAGUCCGUGACGCGAGGUGGCUUGCGCGACAAACCCGGCAAGGGACCGGACCUGUACCACACCUGCAACAACCUCUCGGGGCUGUCGGUUGCCCAACACCGUCUGACUCACACUCCCGAAGAGGUGCAAAAGCAGCGUGAGGCAUUCAAGGCUGACAGGGGCCUGCCCGCCGUCAAGCCUACGACGCCCGGUGGAGGCUGGAAGAGCGAGGAGGAGCGGCAGGCCGCGCGCCGCGAGGUAUGGGCGAACGUGCGCGCGUGGGUUGAGGACGAGAGUGACACUCUCGUUGUCGGCGGCCAGAUGAGCCAGGUGAACACCACCGUUCCACCCUUCAACAUGCUGGAGGUCCGCCUCCAGCCUUUUAUCGACUACUUCUACUGUCAGUGAUCGACUUCAUGACAAUCCUCUCACUUGCAUCACCGCCCGCGCUUACAAUGCGCAUGUAUAUAUUCUCUGUAUGCAGUAUAAUCUAGUG